AUGGUGAAGAAAACGGAAGAGACAGAGUUGAGCCAGCUCGAGAAUCAGGUUGAGAAUGGAGGAGGAGGUGUCUGGGAGUAUCUGUGCCUCGUUCGUAAGCUCAAGGUUCGCCGAUCAGAGAUUGUGCUCAAACACGGUCUCUCGAUCUUGAACGAUCCGGGAAAGCGAUCUGCUCUUGGUCCAGAUGAAUGGACCCUCUAUGAGCAGGUAGCAAUUGCAGCUAUGGACUGUCAGUCUCUUAGUGUUGCACAGAAUUGCAUCAAGGUUCUGCAAAAGAAAUUUCCGGAGAGCAAACGUGUUGGCAAGCUGGAGGCACUGCUUCUAGAAGCAAAGGGAAUGUGGGAAGAGGCUGAAAAAGCGUAUACAAGCCUUUUGGAGGAUAAUCCACUCGAUCAAGUAAUACACAAAAGAAAGGUGGCUAUGGCAAAGGCACUGGGGAAACCUUCCUUAGCCAUUGAACAUCUUAACAAAUAUCUUGAAGUAUUCAUGGCUGAUCACGAUGCCUGGAGAGAACUUGCAGAAAUUUAUGUUUCCUUGCAAAUGUACAAACAAGCAGCUUUCUGCUACGAGGAGCUCAUACUAAGUCAGCCUACUCUUCCAUUGUACCACCUAGCAUAUGCCGAUGUUCUCUACACAAUUGGUGGACUUGAAAACCUCAUCGCAGCAAGAAAGUACUAUGCGGCAACCAUAGACUUAACAGGUGGUAAAAGCACAAGAGCACUUCUCGGAAUUUGCUUGUGUGGAUCAGCGAUCGCACAGCUGUCAAGAGGCAGGAACAAAGAGGACAAGGACAUGGCUGCACCAGAGCUUCAGACACUGGCUGCAACCGCAUUGGAGAAAGAGUACAGGCUAAAAGCUCCGGCCAAACUCAGCCUCCUCUCUUCUGCGAAAAACAAGAGAAUCUCAAAGGGUAGGAAGGGAGGAAAGAAGAAGAUUGUUGAUCCUUUCUCCAAGAAGGAUUGGUAUGAUGUUAAGGCUCCUUCAAUCUUCACCCAUAGAAAUGUCGGAAAGACACUUGUUUCCAGAACUCAGGGUACCAAAAUUGCUUCAGAGGGCCUGAAACACAGAGUUUUUGAGGUUUCGCUUGCUGAUCUUCAAGGAGAUGAGGAUAAUGCUUACAGGAAGAUCCGUCUCAGAGCUGAAGAUGUCCAGGGAAGGAAUGUUUUGUGCCAAUUCUGGGGCAUGGACUUCACAACCGACAAACUCAGGUCCUUGGUUAAGAAGUGGCAGACUUUGAUUGAGUGUCAUGUUGAUGUUAAAACCACCGAUAGCUACACUCUGAGGCUGUUCUGCAUCGCCUUCACCAAGAGACGUGCUAACCAGGUUAAGAGAACUUGCUAUGCUCAAUCGAGCCAAGUCCGUCAGAUUCGCAGGAAGAUGAGGGAUAUCAUGAUCAAGGAAGCUUCGUCUGUUGACCUUAAGGAGCUUGUUCGUAAGUUCAUUCCCGAAGCUAUUGGCAGUCAGAUUGAGAAGGCAACUUCUAACAUCUACCCUCUUCACAACGUUUUCAUCCGUAAAGUCAAGAUCCUCAAGGCUCCCAAAUUCGACCUUGGAAAGCUCAUGGAGGUUCAUGGAGAUUACACAGCAGAGGAUGUUGGUGUGAAGGUAGACAGGCCGGAGGAUGAGGCUGUGGUCGAGGAACCUACUGUUGUUAUCGGAUCUUAA